CAUGUCGUACGGUACCUACUUAUACGGUAAAAAUAGCCAACGUUCCUUCCUAGAUCCGUAUUAUUAUUGUUCACCGGUCAAGUAUAUUAUUUCCCCUUGGUGGAAAGAACAAAUUAUAAAAUCGAGUAAUAUAUCCACUCCACAGUAUGGGAUGUUCUACUCCCCUACUUUCUUGCUUUUACAUAAUUUAUUAAAUCUAUAAUGUCGCUGGACAUCGUUAUAUCCUCUAAGCGACUAUGAUAUAGUUUCAUAUCAACCGUCACAGAAAAUGAGUGAAAGUAGUGUUGUCAAGGACUUUUUCAAAGGAAAAUGUGUACUGUUAACAGGAGGCACUGGCUUUUUCGGAAAAAUGAUCGUUGGAAAGCUACUAAGUUGCUGCGAAGUGGAAAAGAUUUAUCUGGUUGUAAGGUCGAAGAAAGGUCAGAGUCCCAAAGAAAGAGUUGAAAAAUUGUUGGAGGACCCAGUUUUUGAGAAACUUUUCGAAAGUCAAGACAAACAUCCUUUGGCGGAAAAAAUGCAUGCAUUUGAAGGAGAUCUCUCAAAGAAACAGUUAGGACUAACAGAAUGUGAUAUAAAGAUCAUAAGCGAUAAGGUCAGCAUUGUAUUUCACUGUGGAGCUUUCCUAAAUAUGGACGCAAAACUUCAUGACGCCGUUAUAACUAAUGUACGAGGAACAUCCGAAAUUAUACAGAUAUCCAAAAAUAUCAACGACUUGCAAGCUUUUUUGCUUAUUUCGACAGCGUACUCUAACUGCAGGGAAAGACAUAUAGAAGAAAAGUUCUACAAGAGCCCGAUAGAUUCAAAGCUUCUGAUCUCUAUGGCAGAACAUCUGGGGCCAGACUUUCUCAACAAAUUGAGUACGCAGUUUACAGGUGGCUGGCCAAACUCCUAUGUCUACUCCAAAGCUGUCGCUGAAUCUCUGUUACUUUCCGACGAUAUUCAUUUCCCUGCGGGGAUAUUCAGACCUACAAUAGUUACAUCAACAGUUUCUGAACCAGUUCCUGGGUGGUCUGAUAACCUAUAUGGACCGCUAGGUAUUAUUCUGUAUUCUAGUGCAGGACUUCUGAGGCUUGUGCAUGCUGAUGGUAAAAUCAAAUCUCACAUUGUCCCAGGAGAUAUGUGCAUCAACGCCUUGCUGUGCAUGACUUGGGAUGUCAAUACAACAUGGCAAAAAUCGGGGGCCAUUCCUAAGGUAUACAAUUUUUCAGCAAAGAAAUCCAAAUUAUUGGUGCCAAUGAACAACUUCGCAGAUUUUACAAAGCUGGAGUAUAUUAACUUCAAGGCAGCCAUGUGGUAUCAAGUAUUAUUCCUUGUUAAAACAAAGUAUGUCUAUAACAUCCUUAAGUUUUUAAUACAAACGGUGCCAGCCUACUUGAUUCAGCCUUUAAUAAGUUUAACAGGACGAAAACUGAGCAUGAAAAGAGUUAACACAAAAUUGAACAAGACAGUGGCAGUUUUGAGUUAUUUCCUCAUAAACGAAUGGGACAUAGAUAAUAGACACGUGUUAGAAGUAUGGCAGAAACUAAAUGUACAUGACAGAGAAAUAUUCAGGUUCGAUCUAAAUUCAAUAGAAACUGAAACUUACUACAGAAAUCUGAUGAAUGGCCUUAAGAAAUACACAUUGAAGGAAAACAUGGAUGAAGAUCAAUACCAUCGGCUGCGAGUAAUAAACAAGAGGUAAAGUCGUAUAUUAUCAUGAUGGAAAUCACAGUCUGUCAGAGGCGAAUGGAACGCAAACAAGAGAAAAAUUAUAUGAAUUCUGUAAGAUGGGUCCCUAAUUCUCACAUUAAAUAAAUACUUC